ACUGAUAUGGAAUUUACUAUUUUGAUGAUGAAGAGAAAAAUAGAUCCAAUUUGGUCUCAAAUCUUGUAUAUUCAAAAUUUUAAUUCUAAUAAGAACUACGAAUUAUAGCACUAUGAGUUCAAGCAUUCAUUUGAUUCGAAAUACCCAGAAUUUGAUUAAGCAAGAAUAGAGAUUCUGAUAUUGAAUGGAGAAAUCGCAAGGGCUUCCUCCGACUUCGUACCGAUGGUGAGAGAAGAAGCUUAUGAGAAUUCAUUAUCGUAAGAUCAAUACUGCAGGUAUAUGGUUUAUAAGAUGGUUCAUUAUGCUGAUGUUUUCGGAGGUAUCCAAAUAACAGAAGGGAAAUUCAGUUUCCACAAGAAGACGUUCAUUUCGAUGGAGAAGAUGGAAUACACAGAUCUGGAUAGGAAAGCCUUGUUUGAUUCAGAGAUUCUGUUGAGGAAGAAGAAGAUGAUUGAUGAAGAUAUGUUCUAAUUCCAAAAGUUGAUCGAUCAAAAUGUAAAGAAGGAACGAGAGUAUGCAUUGAAAGUGUAUAGGGAGAUCCUAGAUAUGGAUAAUGGAUUGGAUCAAUAAUCACAUCUACUCAAAAACAAAUUAUCAGUGAUUGGCUAUGAUUUGAAGAAGUAUAGUUAGAGCAUCCAAUCUAAUUUUCAAUAAGUAAUGGUUAGCAAGGACCCAGCUUCAACUUUGAAGGAAUUAGUAAUUGAAUAAAAGGUCAAUGAGGAGAAAUUAACCUCCAUAUUAAAACCAAAGAAAGGGGAAAAAACUAAAAAGAAAAUUUGAU